AUGCCUUCUCCGGCGCUCGGAGGAUACAGCCCGCUGCUCGGCGUCUACGGCGUAGUAUCGUUUCUCCGUAACGUAGUGCUACUCACGUCAUCCUCACUCAUUCUCGUCGCUUUCAUUGUCGUCGGGUACCGUCUGUUUCUUCACCCUUUGGCUCGCGUACCUGGACCCAGACUCGCUGCCAUUUCGAAUGUGUGGUAUGCUUACCAUGUUCGCAACGGGCGUAUGCUCACGCUGGGAAAGACGCUUCAUAAGCGGUACGGGCCGGUCGUGAGAGUUGGGCCGAAUGACGUUUGGUUCGAUUCUGUAGAUGCAUUCAAGCACAUUUAUCGAGCCGGUAGUGGUUAUGAAAAGUCCGAUUUCUAUUUGUCAACUGCCCUCCAAAGACCAGACAUCACCUUUACACCCUUUCCGAACUUUUCGUCCCCAGAUACACUAGACUUACUAUCCGAACGUAACACGCAACGAUACCGCUUACAACGGCGUCUCAUCGGACCGCUCUACCAGACAGCAUACCUCAAACGGCACGAACCUGCUCUCGACGCAGUCCUAGCUCGAGUGAUAGCCACGCUCCGUUCUCUCAACGGCGCCGAAGUAGACCUCAAGGAAUGGAUGCACAUCAUAGCCGUCGAGUCCCUCUCAGCUGUCGUCCUAACCUGGUCACCAAACUACCUCCGCGACCACACAGACCACUCUUCCAGCACCCACGGCUACCUCGGCUGGCGACGCAAAUCCGUCUUUGGGCUCUUCCCUGUUGCCGUGAAGGCGGAGCUGUUCUCCAAAGCAUGCGGGAGAACGUUUGCUAACCUCUGGCGCGUGACGUACAAGACGCCAAAGAACUUUAAGCCAUUCUUCACCGGCGUCUACCGGCAGGUUUCGCGGAGGGUCACCUCGUCCCUGGCGAACAAGCCGGUCUCGAAGAAGGAUCGCAAAGAAGACUUCCUCGUGGAUCUGAUUCAGCUACACAAGGACAAGCCCGAAUUCACGGAGCAGUAUCUCCGUCGGAUGGCCAUCACCAAUUUCGGGGCCGGACAUGAGACCAUGUGUUCCGCGUUGACGUCCAUCAUGUCCAUGAUCGGAUCACACCCUGAGGCGCAGAAACGGAUUUCCGAGGAAGUUUGCUCCGCGGCCGAAGACCCAAAGGUGUAUGAUAACGCCAUCCGCUUAGACUAUACGCAAGCAGCCAUUAAAGAAGCGCAACGGUUAUAUCCUGUCCUCGGGAUGGCUCUGCCCCGCACGGUGCCCCCUGAAGGACUUACAGUCCAUGGAAAGACCUUUCCAUCCGGGACUACCGUCGGCUGCAACCCUGUCUCACUACACAGGAACCCUUUAAUAUUCGGCCCAGACGCGGAAGAAUAUCAUCCGGACCGCUGGCUGGACACGGAAAGGGACCUCAAGGGUAUGGAACGGUUUAAUCUUACUUGGGGCGGGGGCGGAAGGAUGUGUCCCGGACGACACCUUGCGGAGCUGAUCGUUUACAAGACGAUACCGGCGCUUCUGGAGCACUUCGAUUUGGAGGUUGAGAUGCCGCCUGAAGCAGAGAUACAGUACUACUUCAUGGCGAUGCUCACUGGGGUGAAAGCCCGGUUCUUGCCCAAGAAAGCAGGAAAUUCAUGA